AUGAGCUCUAUCCACGAAGCCCCGCAUCCCGACUACCUCCCGCCCUCAAAGCGGCCCAGAGUCGAAAAUGUACCCCUCCCUCCGCCUCCCGCCUUCUCGCCAGGCCCCCCUGGUCCAAGUACAGCUCCCAUCCCCGACCAAGACGGAGCGGCUGACGCCGCGGCUAAGAAGAACAGGAAACGGCCGCUGUCCUGUGGGGAAUGUAGGAGGUGCUGCGAUCGCGUAUUUCCUUGUCAGUCAUGUUGCAAGAGAGGGUGUGCGGAAAUAUGCCCAGACGGUGCAUUGACCGGUGGCAAGGGCAGCAGGUUCAUCCUGGCCAACACUGAGCAGCUUCACGACAAAAUCAAGUCUAUGAGCUUUCGCAUACGCGAGCUAGAGGACGCCCUGCAUGAACUCCAGUCCGGACAUCCCCUGCUGCGGGAGGACUUGCUGCUCAUCAAGAAGUCAGCCGACCUCUUCGGCGUAGAUCCAAACCAGGUGCAAUCGCCGGCGACGGACGGUAGCAAGCGUAGUGAAAGCCAGCAUGCUUCAUUCAAUCCAAUCUCUCCACCUACGCUGAGUGAUCGACAAAGUCAAUCUCCACCCGUCAGCAGUCACCGAGAAGACUAUGGCAUUCCCCCAGACCUCAUGGCAGUCAGCGACAGAUUCCCAGCUCCUAGCGGUCUUGGCAACGACCUCAACCCGACGCUACGUAAACGGAUAGUGGACUUGCUUCCCCCCCAGAACGAAGCUCGCUAUCUAUGUGAGCAAGCAGCAGAACAUGCAGCCUGGCACCAAAACUCGGACGGUAGCGACGGCGUGCCGAACAUGGUGCACAGCGUAUACAACGCAAACACUGCAACGCUCAACCCACACCGACUGUCGUACUUUCUCAUUAUUCUCGCCAUUGGCGUCUGCGUGGAUCAGCGGCGCAGUCAUCGCGCAUGGUCGCAUGAUGCAGAGCGGUUCCACCAGCUUUCAAGAGCGGCGUUAUGUGAGACCUCGGUCAUUAACGAGCCGAGCAUAGACGCGAUUAACGCGCUGUUCUACAUGUCGCGGUAUCUGACCAUGUUCUCGGUGGAGAAAGAGGCGGUUGAGUACGCAUGGGCGGUCCUGGGCAUUGCAGCUAAGCUGGCUGUUGGUGUACACCGCCAUAGUAAUCGCUCGAAAGUCAUCCCGGAAGAACUAGACAGGCGGAAAACGCUUCUCUGGUGCCUGCUCAACGUGGACCACCGUCUGGGUUUGAUGCUGCGGCGUCCCCCUUCCAUAUCCUUGCGAUAUGUUGACGUAGAUCCUCCCACUACCAGCGAGUUUCCGCCGCAGGGCCCUCGGGAAGUUUGUGCGUACCAACGAUGGCACUACACGUUUACAGCGCAGUGCUUCUCACCCACCCUCGAGUUCGUCGCGUCGACGACCCCUCCGCCCUACUCGGAAGUUCUCAAGCUCGACGCCCGAAUGCGGGAUUUUGAGCCACCUGCGUUCAUGCAAGUCACGCCGGGGACUGGUUCCGGCAAUGCACUUUGCGUCGUUCAGACCUGGACGCACAUGACCCGCGAAGUCGCAAUCCUGAACCUGCAUAGGCAGUACUUUACACAGGCGCUUAGUGAAGGCUUUUGGGCGAAUCACAAAUAUGCUCCUUCGGUCGUUGCUGUCUACCAGUCCUCGCUGAGCCUGCUCUGGUGUUUGGAGACCUAUUACAGACAGCAGCCCGAGUAUUCGGUCAGAAACCAGAUGCUCUGGGCGAACGGGCUGUCCUCAGCCAUCGCAUUAUCAGUCUUGGUCACCCGAGUUCCGCCAUCGGUGAUGGCUUCCAACGCGUUGCUCGAGCUCGCGAAGGUCCUCCGACUGUUCACGGACGUGAGCGACCGGUGCCCGAUCGCAGCGAAGGCCUGUUCCAUCAUCGAAACGCUCUUCCAACGCUCCCGGUCGAGUUACCUCCACAGCCGAUACGGCACGCAUCCAGACUACCCACUCCUCGAAGACGAAGUGUGCAAGAUCGGCCUUCGCUCCGGGAUCGUCUUCCCGCCGGCACACACCGCAGGGCCGGUCGGCAGCGAAUCCGAGCUCUCGUCGUUCCCGCUCGAGAACACGCACGCGUCGCUCGUCCGGGCGUACGAGGAGGCGACGUCGACCGUGCCCCCGCCGAACGACCCCGUCCUCAUGCCCGGCCAGAUCCACCUCGGGCCGUCUUCGUCCAGCCAGAACGGCGGCGGGGGCCGGAACGGGUCGACACCCUCGACGGGCUUCGGCGUCUCUGCUGAGCGGUCCGGGUGCCAGAACGACGCGUACGGGAGCAUGGUGAACAUGAAUGUGGGCAUGCCGACGGCCGGGUUCGCCGCCGUCGCCGCAGGGGGGCAGCCGCAGAACUUCAAGUGGCUGAGCGCGGAGUACAGCGACAACAGCUGGAUGACGUGGUUCUAG